AACCUCGGAUUUUAGCAUUAUAGAAAAGAUAGUAAUGACGCCCACCAGAAGAGGGUAUGGUCAUACCACUAUCAAAAUGGAGCGAGUACAGCAAACUGAUGUAAACAAUGUUGUGCAUAUAGCUGGAGGUGAUCACAAAGGCAUUGUCAUCAAUAAAGAGGCAUCAACAGGAGAGAAUGAUGAGUCACCUGCACACCUUUCUUUGGAGUUCAAGGUAUUUUUGACCAAUGCAGCAAAUAAUACUCACACUCAGGAAAGUCGGCAGCUCAAGUUCUGGUUUAAGUCUGAAGUAUCGGAACCUGAUCAGAUGCGAAGUUCUCAAAAUUUUUUCAAGGAACUAGUUAGCCCUAGUCAGUUUCCUCGAGAUAAUGAUAUUGUUGCAGUAUCUGUAGAAGAGAGUAUGACUGGUGGUAUAAUGAAUGUUACUCAAGAGAAAGUUUUGGAAAUAAUUGAAUCAGCUUACCCUAACCCUCUCACAAUCACAGACUUAACCAAAACAUUACAGUGUACCGAAGAGGAGGUUCUUUUACAUCUCGGUGAACUCAAGUCAAAAGGAAUCAUUAAGUCUUUGGAAAAUGGCAGUUACACCAGAGUCACCCAGAAUGAUACAGAAGUGAAGAUGGUACGUCAAGUUCCAACUGUUGUCAGUUCCCAGCAACCCUCAAUAGCCAUAAUCACAGCUCAGUACUGUGAGAAAGUGGCAGUCGAUGCUAUGAUAGAAAAUAAAGACACCUACGUUAGGUAUAAGACCGAAGGAGAAUCAAAUGUUUAUACUCUUGGAAACAUUGGUGCUCAUAGAGUUGUAGCAACAAAGUUGCCUGCUGUAGGACACCACAGAGAGGCUAUGAUUGCUGCUGGUAACACAACAACUCGUCUACUUGGAAGCUUUCAGAAAGUUGAAUAUGUUUUUCUUGUUGGUCUUGGAGGAGGAGUUCCCCACUACACUGAUUAUUCUAAACAUGUACGGUUGGGAGAUGUUGUUAUAUCAACGCCCCCUGAUGGACAGAGUGAUAAAUUUAUUUACAUCUAUUGUGAAAAAGCUAAGAGCUCUCCUGAAAGUAAAACUUCAGCAGGUGGUAGCACAAUUACAGACAAGUAUAACAUCAAGAAAUGGUGUCCACCAAAUUUAUGCUUACAACAGACAGCACAACAGCUUUGGACACAGGGUUUAAUUGAUGCUAAACAGCGCCCAUGGGAAGAAUAUAUCUGUCAUGCCUUGGAUACCUUAGCCAGCCAAGAAGCUGAUUUUAGUCGACCUUCUUCUGACACAGACAAACUUUUCAUGUCCAUUGGAGGAAAGGAUGUCAUUGAAGUUGGUCACCCUCAAGCUCCUGAAGGAACAAUGGAAUAUCGACAACCAGGAAAGUCCAUGAUUCACUUUGGAGGUGUAGCAUCUGGAAGGACAUUGAUGAAGGAUGAUGCUGUGAGGCAGGAAUUUGCUCAUCAGUGGGGUAUUUUGGCCUUUGAUUCAGAAUUUGAUGCUGUUGUGGAGUCGAUCUAUGGGAAUCGUAAAGACAACUAUGUUUUCAUUAGAGGAAUAUCGGACUACAAAGAUGGAACCAAGAACAAGGAAUGGCAGCCAUAUUCAGCCUUAGCAGCAGCAGCUUUCAUGAAAGCUCUAAUUUCUUCUUUGGAUCCUUACGAUGAUCAAGACUAUUAAGUUAGAAGAGUGACUUAAAUUUUCAGAAUAAAAUCGUUGUCUCUGAAUUUUUACCAUUCCAUUUUAAUUUGUAUUAUCAUGAAAUAGCUCUGAUCCCUUGCUUAUUUAAGACAUAUGUUAAUUGCUUUAUUUAUUCUAAAUUUUGCAUACUUAUUGGAUGCCUCUUAGCUGAGAAAGCUUUUAGUAUCUUUUACUUAAAUUUGUAAAUUUUUCAUCAAAACCGUUAGCUUAAAAGUUCAACAUUGUUAUGAAACUGUGAAUGACAUUGAAUAAUUUGCAACUUCCUCUCGUAUGUAACAAGACUAUGAUAACUUUGUUCCUAUGUUUCUUCUUUUCUUUUCUAUUUUUAUUUUUUUCACUUUCAUUUCUAUAAUUUUGCAAAAUGAGAAACAGUUAUAUUUUGUACAUACUUAUAUGGGGGUAGUUAUAAAGAAAACACUGUAUUCAAAACGAUCUUAUUUUAAAAUCUACUUAUCCUAGAGGUCCAAAAUUUCAUCAGUGCCACAUUGAAAAUCAUGAGUUUUAUGGAAGAUGAUUUACAUAUUAUACAUGUGUUUAAAGCCCUUUUAGGCCUGGCAUGGCCAAGUGGUUAGGGUGCUUGACUCCCAAUCAGAGGAUUGUGGGUUCGAAU